UACAGCUACCAUGGGAAAAAGGGCGGGGGAGGUGGUGGCGGCGGUGGGUGCAGCUUCGACUGCACCAGCUGCGAGGCCCACUGCUGAUCCAACCAACCAACCUACCUACGGCGGGGGAGAUGGGUGACUGGAGAUGGAUCGCUGCACUCACACACACAUCCAGGACGAGACUGCCAUGAACUGAUAAAUUAAGGCCACUAGUUGUACGUGUGUGUAUCUAUGAAUAAAAAUGGAUGUAAUAAACUGAGCGACGGUUUUGAGGA